GCUGGCCUCACAUUCCUUUGGAUGUGUAAGGCAGGAGGAUCUGGUGGGACAUGCAGGAGUGGUCCGUCAUGAACACAUACAUGGAUGGAUGGAAUCGUUGGUCGAUCAUUGCUGCCGGCACAUAUCGAUGGAGCCAUCUCAGUGGCUCGCUCAGCACGUUGGUUGAUGCGCAUGAAAAGACCAUGCAAUAGAUUCAUGCAGUCAUUCCAUUGUACUCAACUGACUGGCUGGUGUGUUGGUCUUGGCCGUCUAAUCCGAAAAGAGAGCCCCUCCGCAGGGACGGUGAGGGCCGCCGUUGCCCCUGCAUCACAGAGAGCACCAAGUGACGCAUUAUGUGCCUGCGAGUCUGUAUGUGUGGGUGUCUGAAUGCCUACCACACAGGUCCCCAAAGCUGUGCCCACUUGUCCGCCUGGUACUGGCGGAGACCGUACAGCUCCAGCCAAAUGUUACCAGACUCAGCAAACUGAGCACCACACACAUCUGUCUCUCGUCUGAGGUCUCUUUGGCUGGCUGCGGGGCCUCACCACUCUGGGACUGCCACCGAAUCCCUUCCCCUGAGGCGUGAAAGCACACCGACCGGCCUCCUCGUACUUGCGGGCCUUCUCCGACAAACGAUGGGAGUGGAGCGAAUACAGCCGCUCGUGAACCGAUCCCUGACAGCCACAGAGAGACACGUGGUCCACAAGCACUUGUCAAGCAGCAGCCAUGCAGGCCACGCCUUGUCUGCUGACCCUGGAGAGCCGAGCAGAGUUCUUGUUGAUUCGGGGCGAGUACGUCUCCUCCUUGUUCACCGGUGCCUCCUUGGGGCCUUUGCUGGCGAGUCCGUACAGGCGCUCGUGGAUUGGUUCUGCAGUGACGGACACAGAGGGCGGCACUCACUUUCCCCCUCUCCCCUUCCCCUCCCAAUGUCGAGAGAAGCUCACCACUUCGUUGCAGCCUGGCGCUGGCCUUGUUGAUCACGGGACGAAAUGUGAGCUGUGCCAUCGAGACCGGUGCAAAGCGGGCGUGAGUUGCUGACAAAAGCUGCUUGAGAAGCGAGCGAAGCGUUUCAAAAAGCCGUAAGAAAGAGUUCCUUAAGUUCGGCAGAGAAAGGGCCAGAAAACUCGUUGGAAACCUAUGACGAUGCUGAUUGAGGCGAUUAUACGUUGAUGCGACGACGAUAAGAGUGGACUUUUUCG